CGACGCGGCGUUCCUAGGACAACCAGAUGCCAAACAACACACCGAGAAAAUGUAGCGUCUCGUCAGGAUAACAACGGCAUUAAUAUGAACUUCAAUUUAAUACAAUCAUAAUUGUUUACGAAUUAAAGAGUUAAUAUUAACUAAGUCGGGAAGAAGGACAUCGACGAAAAGCACCUCAAACAUGAGUCGUAACCGGGCGUACAGCCAGCAGCAGAGGCUGAUGUCUCAGAGGCAGAACCAGGAGCAGCACCGGCAGGAGGAGGCCGGGCGCGCGGUCAGAGAGCGGCAGCAGCAGGCCGGGCUGCGGCACGAGGACAGCUUCGAGAGGAAGAGGCUGCUGAGGCAGGUGAAGGAGGAGCUGAGGGACAGACAGGUGGAGGCUGCUCUCAUCCAGGCAGAGGAGCAGAGAGCAACCAGAAAACAACAACUAGAACAAGAGGAGAGGUUGGCUAAACAGCUGGUCCGCAUCAACUGUGAGACCCAAAGAGAAGAGAAAAUGAGGCAGCAUAUUAAAGAGAACAGCAUGGAGCUUCGAGAGCUGGAGUCGAAGCUGAAGUCUGCCUAUCUGAAUAAGGAGAGAGCGGCGCAGAUUGCUGAGCAUGAAGCUAUGAGGCUUGAGACAAUGUGCGAGGUGGCAGAUUUAGGACGCAAGAUGAAGAGUGAACUUGAGCGAUUGGCCGCUGAGAAGCUGAAGCUGGAGCAGAAACGUCUGGAGGAAACGGUAGAGUAUCAGAGAGAGCUGGAGCUGCAGCUCAUGGAGAAGGAGCGCAAGAGACAAGAGGCGUACGAGGAGUUCCUCAAAGAGAAGCUCCUGGUGGAUGAGAUCGUCAGAAAGAUUUACGAUGAGGAUCAGAUGGAGAGGCAGCUGAAGCUGGAGAAGGUCAGAGCCACUCAGCAGCACAUUGAAGACUUCAAGAAGCACCAGGCGGAGUGGAGACGCAUGGAGCGAGAGAGGAUGGAGGCAGAGAACAGGCGCAUCAUGGAGUUUGCGAGCCAGCAGGAGCACAUGGAGGAGAGCAAGAUGGCCAAGAUCAGAGAGAGAGAAGAAGCAAAGGAGCAUUUUCAUAAAAUCCUGUCUGAGAAAAUGGAGGCGAAAAGGCAGCAGCAAGAAGAGAUGGAGCGAGUCCGUGAGGAACUUCAUUCAGAAGAACAAGAAGAGGCUCACAGGCAGAAAGAAAUAAAAGAGAUGGAGAAGAAAAUCCGCCACAGGCUGACGAUGCAGCAGACCUGCCAGGAGCAGAUGGCCUUCAAAGAGAUGCGAAGGCAGGCAGAGAAAGAUGAAGAGGAGGCCUUCAGGAAAAUAAUGAUGGCUAAGUUUGCCGAGGACGAUCGUUUGGAGCAGAUGAACGCCCAGAAACGACGCAUGAAGCAACUCGAGCACAAACGGGAGGUGGAGAAACUGAUAGAGGACAGAAGACUGCAGCAUGAGGCGGACAAGGAACUGGAGGCUAAAGAAAAGGCGAUUGAGGAGGAGAGGCAGGCGCUGCGUCGGCAGAUUAUCGAAGAGGAGAGGCAGCGACUUCUUAAACGCCACGCAACAAAACUCCUUGGAUACCUCCCGAAGGGCUUGCUCCGUGAAGACGACCUGCAGCACUUUGAUGAAGACUUCAGAAAGAACUUUGAAAAGCGUCCGGCAGAUAUCUCCUCUGAGGACGGCUGGGAGGACGAUCAGUAGACGUUUGAUCUGAACUUGCAUACCAUGACACUGGAUGGCAUUUUAGAGUUACCUUGGUAGCAAUUGAGUGAUUUCAUCGUUCAGGAUUCACGAAGGAACUUUAUUAGCAUUCAGUACAAAAACAAAUGUCUUAUUAGGGUUAGGGUUACAGGAUCUGAAUAAAAAGCAUUCCAGAAAAGGUGGUGGCUAGAUGUGAUCAUUAUCAGGAGACACAUUUUGAAAGUGAAGACUCGGUCGUCAGCGCGUCUCUGUGUUUAUGACUUCCCCCAGUCUAGAGCUUUCAUGAACUCCUGUUCGGUGAAUGACAGCAGCUUGGCAGCUUCAAAAUGCAUCUGCAUCAAAAGAGUUACAUUUAGAUGAAACUGAAAACAGGGUGCCUAUUGUUAACAGAGUGAGUUAGAGACACUUACCUUUUGUCUUUUGAGAAUGUCAAUCAGCUUGAGCUGUUUCUUAAAACCCACAAUGAGUUCUGCUUUCUGCUUUUUUAACAUUUUGUUUUCAGCAAGGAGAUGUUCUUUACUCUGAUGUUCCUCGCUGAUCUUGUCCUGAUCACAUAUUUAAAAAGACUGACAUUAGUUUAGCAGGGCAAACAAAGGUCUCAAACAAUCAAAACAUGUUGAAUUUCAGUUGAAGCUGAAGAGCCGAAUCAACUCUUUCCAUCUCCAAAUAUCUUCCUCCAUGUUGUCCCGCGUGCAGCGGAUGAGAUGCUGCACAGAAAACCCUCCCGGCGUCACACAUGCUUCACUUCUGUUCCAUGGAGUUUAUCAGUUGCUUAUUUCCCUGUUUUAACAUUUAUAGUAUGAUCUUUUAUAUACUUAAAAGGAUGCAUUAUCGUUUUACUUUAAAGAUGUUAAAUCCGUUUUGAUCUCAAGACGAUCAUAAUUACAUUCCUUUAAAAAUAUUAACAUUUUCAAAAAGCUCUACAAUAGGAAUAUAUUGUUUAUCUCGAAAUAAAGUUCAAGUUCUAUGUAAUUGUUGUGAAUAUGUUCUUAUUUUUGUAUUUUUUUGUAUCAUUUCAUGUUUUAUUUAUGUGUGUAUGAAAGGUACAGUAGGUAAGAAUGGAGAAAACAG